AACCUUUUCAUUGCUUGCAGACACAGAGCCCAUCAAAAUUCAGCGACGAUUGAUUGGUUUGUCGAAAACUGAGAAGCGUGUUCGCUCCUAGCACCCUGCGGCUCACGUAUUGUCAUGAUUGGUUUGUUCGAUAGACCACAAACACAAAGGGAAAGGAAUGUGGUUCGCUUUUCAGCAGCCGUUAGUGGGGAUGAGCGUUGCGUGACGACACUAAAAACGGCUGUGUAGCAGACUAAUUGAGAUGGGGUUUUCACUAGAAAUCACAGAAUUCUAUACAGAAAACUAAUGUAAAAUUUUUACCAUUUCUUUCCUGCUUUCCUGCUUUCUUGCCAAAUUUGGACAUCAUUUAUGACGUCACAACAGAAGUUACAUGGGAUGAAAGAAAAACCAAUAAACAGGAAAUUUAUCAAACUACUUCCCUGCCAAGCUUCGUUACAUUCGAUCCAUUCUACUUCUGUCUAUAGCUUUAAACUCUCAGUUUUGAGAGGUAUUUGGGAGAAAAAGCCCUAGCAACCGACCAGCGUGUUACUUAUCACACCAAUGUAUUUAUAGCAAAUUUUAUACGCGGUAUAUCUAAGUGUCGUCAACAACUAUAAAACUGAUAUUGAUGAAGCUCUUUUCAAGAGAAGGAUCCCGGAUAACGAAGUUGCCGAGUGGUGACUAAUUAUGAACUUUUCGGUCAAGUUUCUGACAGACAUUUGUAGGCUGAAGAGCACACCUUUUUUGGAGGUGUGCAAGGACCAGGAUUUGCUUCCUCUUAUUUGAUUAUUUAAUCAAAACUAAGAUUUAUUUAUUCUAUUUUUAAGCCAUGACCGCUUCUUACGUAGGAUUACAGUAUUAUUUAUAUUCAAUUGAAGAUAAAAAAACCCUUACUCCUUAACAGGUCUACAAUGGCAAAACGUAUCACGACACUAGAGGACAUUAACAAAGAGGUGGCUAUUGCUCAGGAGUUAGGUGACAAAGCCCGAGAAGGAAGGGCCUAUAAUAUUUUCGGGUCCAUUUAUCUAAAGCUGGGGGACUAUCAGAAAGCCAUUCAGUAUCACAGCAAAGAUUUGUCUAUUGCCAAAGAAACGGGAAGUCGUGCCGGUGAAGGACGGGCCUAUUGUAACUUGGGCAACGUGUAUUUUUUCCUGGCUAAGUACCAGGAAGCCAUUGAUUGCCACAACAAACAUCUCGCGAUUGCUAACGAAAUUGGAGACAGGGUUGGGGAGGCAAAGGCGUAUGCCGGUUUAGGCAACGCUUAUAUCAGUCACGGCAAGAUACAAGAGGCCAUAGAGUGCUACAAAAACGUUCUGUCCGUUGCAGUCGAUGUGGGCGACAGGAAUCUAGAAGGGCGAGCGUAUAAUAAUCUCGGUGCUGCUUAUCAUAAGCAAGGAAAAUUCUGGGAAGCCAUAGAGUACCACCAGAAAAGUCUAACCUUUGCCACUGAGGAAGGCAACCAAGCUGGACAGGGCAGAGCCUAUUGUAAUCUCGGAGGUGCUUAUCAAAGCCUCGGAAAUUACAAGAGAGCAGUGGAGUAUCAUGAGAAAUACCUUUCUAUUAGUAAAGAAACUGGAGAUCGUGCCGCAGAGGGACGGGCUUUUGGCAACCUCGGCACUGAUUGUCAUUGUCUCGGAAAAGUCGAAGAGGCCUUGGACUAUUACAUGCAACGACUCUCUAUUGCCAGAGAGCUGAAGGACAAGGUUGGGGAAGGAAGCGCCUAUUGCAAUAUUGGCAACGCGUAUCAAGAUUUCGGAAAAUUUGAGGAAGCCGUCAAUAACCACCGAAAACACCAGUCAAUUGCAAAAGAAGUCGGCGACAAGAUUGAGGAAGGAAUGUCCUAUUGUAAUCUAGGCGUCGCUUACAAAAGCCUCGGUGAUUUUCAAAAGGCCAAGGAGUGCCACGAACAGGAUCUUCAGAUUGCCAAAGAAGUGGGAAAUACGGCCAGUGAAGGAAGGGCGUAUUGCAACCUUGGGUGCGUUUCUAGGAUCCUCGGAAACUUCCAAGAAGCCAUACAGUACCAUAGAAAACAUCUUUUUAUUGCCAAAGAAAUGGGAAAUGAAGCUGGAGAAAAAGAGGCUUAUGGUAAUCUCGGCAAUACAUUUCAAAGUCUCGGAAACUUCCAAGAAGCGAUCAAGUACCACAAGAAACGUUUGUCCAUAGCCAAAAAAUUAGGCGAUAAGCUCGGAGAAGGACGAGGCUAUAUGAACCUCGGUAAUACCUACAUUAGCCUCGGAAAGCUUGAAAAGGCGAAAGAGAACUAUGAAAAGCGUCAGACAAUUGCCAUCGAAGUAAGUGACAAGGCCGGAGAAGGGCGAGCCCUGGGUUCCCUAGGUAACGUAGAACAAGAGCUCGGAGACUUUAACAAAGCCCUCAAUUACCACAACCAGCACUUGGCAAUUGCGAAAGCCACCUGCGACAAAUACAGUGAAGGGCGGAGCUACUGCAAUCUCGGCGAAACUUACAAAGGCCUUCAAAAUUUUGAAGAAGCCUUCAGCUGUCACAAGAAAGCAUUAUCUAUCGCCAGAGAGACUGGUGACAGGGAGCUAGAAGGAAUGACAUAUGCUAACAUUGGCGAAAUACAUCAAUCGCUUAGAGAAUUUAAAGAAGCUUCGGAAAGUUAUCAGUCGAGUGUAAACCUUUUGAACAUCCUUAGGACUAAUGUUCAGGCUGAAGACGUGUGGAAAAUAACUUUCCGCGAGCUCUACCGUAAAUGUUACCAAAGCUUAUGGAGAAUGCUUUUAAAACUCGAGAAGAUCGAGGAGGCUUUGUAUGCUGCUGAGGAAGGUCGUGCUCAGGCUUUGGUCGAUGACUUGAAAAUACACUAUGGCUUAACAGGACCACCUGUAGAAGAAUCAAAGGAAACAAUUUCUGACCUGUUAAAAGAGUGUGCUACACAAAUGGUGUUUAUAGGACUCGAACGCAACAAGAUCAACUUUUGGGUCCUCGGCAAGGGAGGUUCAGUAGAGCUCAGAACAAAAGAAAUAGAGGGUGGACGUGAGGGCACAGACUUUGUAACCGAGUUGGUGGAAACUACUUUGAAUAACAUCGGAGCUGGCGUUGGUGUGAGAUGCGAAAAUCGCUCACUAGAUGCGCUAGAUGAUGAUUCCUCCCCUUAUAGAAACGGCGAUAAACCGCAAGCGGAGUCGUUAGACUGUACUGAAGGAUCUCUACAGCCGUUAUAUGACGCUAUCAUAGAUCCCAUUGCAGAUUUGUGUCACGGUAACGAAUUGAUCAUUGUCCCAGAAGGUCCGCUGGGCCUUGCUCCAUUGCCUGCACUUAGUGAGUCUAUAAGAAUUCGCACCAUUCCCUCGCUGACAAGUUUAAAACUGAUAAUAACAUCCCCCGAUGACUUCCAUAGUAAAUCUGGGGCGUUGCUGGUUGGAAAUCCCUGUUUGGAGAUGGUUACUAAAUGUGGUAAACCCGUGUUUAAAAAUCUCGAGAACGCUGAAAAGGAAGUAAAGAAGAUUGGAGGGAUAUUAAAAGUACAGCCUCUAACAGGAAAAGAAGCAACCAAACAGGCGGUGCUGGAUCGAAUCACUUCUGUUGCACUGGUGCACAUAGCUGCUCACGGAAAAAAAGAAACAGGCGAAAUUGCUCUGGCUCCGAAUGCGGGAUGGGAAGAAGGUCAAGAACCAAGAUCAAAGAAAAAGGCUCCCAAAGAAGAAGAUUAUAUUUUGAAAGUCUCAGAUGUCCAAGCAGUGCGUCUACAUGCAAGGCUUGUUGUGCUUAGUUGCUGCCAUAGCGGUCGAGGAGAGGUAAUGUCUGAAGGGGUGGUUGGUAUUGCUAGGGCUUUCUUGGCGGCUGGUGCUCGUUCCGUUCUGGUUUCGCUCUGGGCGAUUAAUGACGAAGCUACCACGGAGUUUAUGACAAGUUUCUAUCAAUACUUAGCAAAUGGAAAAAGCGCUAGUGUUGCUCUACACCAGGCUAUGAAGUCACUUCGGGAUUCAGAAAAGUUCUCUGCCAUCAAGUUCUGGGCUCCAUUUAUGCUUAUUGGUGACGACGUCACUCUUGAUAUUGGAAAAGAAUGACAACAGAAUUGUAAGUAUAACUUUAUUUUGACAUUUUUUUAGAUACACACUAUGUCUUAAGCCUGGAUCUCAUACGCCCCCGAAGUACUUGCAAGGUAGCUUCCGGUACUGCUUGCGAUACUACCCCGACACAUGAGGUCAUAGUGCCACCGGCAACGAGAAACAUCGCAGGUCCGAGUUCCCCGCCGGCAUGCCUGAGAAGUUAAUCUCGAGUUUACUAGCAGGCAUGCGGGCGAAAAAGACUUUUAACUAUAAACUGAGAAGACUUGGAAAUCUUUGCUCGUAAAAGAUGGCACUAAUGAAUUUUCCGUAAGACCUUGGGCGAUUUAAAUCGAAAAGACUUGGUAAUCUCUUGAAAAUAGGAAGUUAGGACAGAGAACUGGUGGAAGACAAGACUAUCUUCAGGUGUAGAUGUAUUAUAAUUCCAGAACAGUGUAUAAGUUUGCCCUGGAAGAACUAUAUGUCUUUGCUGGAGGAACACGACACAUUUGUCUCUUUGAAUUGAAUUGGCUUUUUGGGUGUACUUAAUUUUCUCAAACGUUUUCCUCAAAAUAUCAUGUUGAAAUACACCAAAGACACCCUGAAUUUAUUUACCAUGCCAGCGUAAAAAUAGACAACCAAUCACACGGUAAAGCUUUGAUUUGACUUUCUUUUCAGAGGAUGGAUGAUCAGGAGGAGACUCGAGACGUGCCAAAGGGGAGAACUUAAAGAAGCAAUCCAGAUAGACAUUCAGUUACAGGCACUGAUAAUUACUGGAGAAUUGGCUUGAUAUGUGCUUGAAUGGUUUUAUUUAAAAUGACUGUGCUUUGACUGGAAGUAUUCUUAUUUGAUUUUAAAAAAACAUCUCUUCGAAUGUUUAUUGCAUUUAAAACAAUCGUAACAAUUAUUUUUUUCUGCUGCAGCUAGUUUUUAUGCCGAUCCAGAAUUUCUUGAUUGACACUUUUGCUGGUGGUCUAUAGGGAUAAUGGAGAAUAAUACAGCAUAAACAAGUAUUUUGAACAAGACUGCUAUCAUUUCGUAGUUUUAAUGAACUUUUUUGGUAGAUCAUUACUAUAAAUGAUGAGUACAAUGUUAAAGUACUAGGUAGGUAAGACGACGCCAUCGAGAAAACUUUUUUAGCAUUUACCAUAGGAUCGGUUGAUUAUUAGACUGCGUUUGCUAAAACGUUGAAGAAGAGAAUGUGCUGGUGCUGUUAUAUAUUAAUGCAUAAAAGCUGCGGAUUAACAGGAACUCCAGGCUGAAAUAACUACACAUAAGCACCAUAUAAAGAGAGGAACAAUGGAACAAUUACUCGGGUGUAUAUGCACGUUCCUUUAUAAUUUGUUAACCCAAUUAUAACACCCUUUUCAAAAAAGC